AUGGCGGACAGUCUUCCCACAGAGUUCGAUGUGGUCAUAAUAGGGACAGGUCUGCCCGAAUCCAUCCUUGCAGCUGCGUGUUCAAGAAGUGGCCAGAGGGUUCUGCAUCUUGAUUCAAGAAGUUACUAUGGAGGAAACUGGGCAAGUUUCAGCUUUUCGGGAUUGCUCUCCUGGUUGAAGGAGUAUCAGCAAAACAGUGACAUUGUGGAAGAAAGUACUGCCUCAUGGCAAGGCCUGAUCCAUGAAACAGAAGAAGCUAUCACUCUUCGCAAGAAGGACGAAAGUAUUCAACACAUAGAAGUUUUUUGUUAUGCCAGUCAGGAUAUUGAUGACAAUAUUGAAGAGACUGAUGCUCUGCAGAAAAAUACUUCCUCAGUAACAUCUAGUACCACCACUAAACCUCUGGAUUCUGCAUGCUUGUCUGAAGAAACACAUUCAUUAUAUGCUACUGGCCAUGAAUUGCCUGCCAAAGGCACUCCAAAAAGUGAUGGAGAAAUUUCACUAGAAGUAACUGAUGUUGAGGACACCUUGGCAAAAGAAAAAUAUUGUGGAGAUAAAACUUGUAUACACACAGUUUCAGAUGGAGAUAAAGAUGAAAACAAGCCUAUAGAGGAAGACAACACUGACCAACCAAAGAGAAAUAAGAUUACUUACUCUCAAAUAGUUAAAGAAAGCAGGAGGUUUAAUAUUGAUUUGGUAUCAAAGCUGCUGUAUUCUCAAGGAUUGCUAAUUGAUCUCUUAAUCAAAUCAAAUGUUAGUCGUUAUGCAGAAUUUAAAAACGUCACUAGGAUUCUUGCAUUUCGUGAAGGAAAAGUAGAACAGGUGCCUUGUUCCAGAGCAGAUGUCUUUAAUAGCAAAGAACUCACUAUGGUUGAAAAGAGGAUACUGAUGAAAUUUCUUACAUUUUGUUUAGACUAUGAACAACAUCCUGAUCAAUACCAGGCUUUUGUGCAAUGCUCAUUUUCAGAGUACUUACAAACUAAAAAAUUAACCCCCAAUCUCCAACAUUUUGUGCUGCACUCAAUUGCAAUGACAGAAUCAUCUUGCAGUACAAUAGAUGGCCUUAAAGCAACUAAAAACUUCCUUCGGUGUCUUGGACGGUUUGGCAACACUCCCUUUUUAUUUCCCUUGUAUGGGCAAGGAGAAAUUCCCCAGUGUUUCUGCAGGAUGUGUGCAGUUUUUGGUGGAAUCUAUUGUCUUCGUCAUAAAGUUCAAUGCCUUGUAGUUGACAAAGAAUCUGGAAGAUGUAAAGCAAUUAUAGAUCACUUAGGUCAAAGAAUAAAUGCUAAAUAUUUUAUUGUGGAGGAUAGUUACCUUUCUGAGGAAACAUGCUCAAAUAUACAGUAUAAGCAGAUCUCCAGGGCAGUGCUCAUUACAGAUCAGUCUAUACUAAAGGCAGAUUCAGAUCAGCAAAUUUCCAUUUUGGUAGUGCCUCCAGUGGAAUCAGGAACAUGUGCUGUUCGUGUCACUGAAUUAUGUUCUUCAACCAUGACGUGCAUGAAAGACACCUAUCUGGUACAUCUGACCUGUUCAUCUUCUAAAACAGCACGAGAAGACUUAGAGUUAGUAGUGAAGAAAUUAUUCACCCCAUUUACUGAAACAGAAAUAGACAAGGAAGAACUUACAAAGCCAAGACUCUUGUGGGCUCUUUAUUUUAAUAUGAGAGAUUCCUCAGGAAUCAGCAGAAGCUCAUAUAAUGGCUUACCUUCCAAUGUUUAUGUCUGCUCUGGGCCUGACUGUGGACUGGGAAAUGAGCAUGCAGUCAAGCAAGCUGAAACGCUUUUCCAGGAGAUCUUUCCCAAUGAAGAAUUCUGCCCCCCACCUCCGAAUCCAGAAGACAUUAUCUUUGAUGGUGAUGAUAAACAACCAGAGGCUCCUGGAACCAAUAAUAUAAUCAUGGCCAAACUGGACUCCUCUGAUGAAGUAAAAACCUAGAAAGCCCAGGGAAGCACCUUCAAAACUAGAAAAAAGCAAACUGGAAAUGCUACUUUGGGCCUGCAUCCUGGCAUCAGAAUAUUUUCAUUUAAAGGACCAUUUCCUAUAUGAUUAAUUAGAACUGGUUAUAUGAUAAAUGCUAUGCAGAUGUUGUCUUUAAUUCUGUUUGAGACAUUCAGUCAUUGGAUGUCGUUGUUAAUCUAUCAGUAACUGAUUGAUUAUUGGAUAAGGUUAGUUUUAUUUUAGUAUUGGGUGUAUUAGUGAGGGUUCUAUAUUAGCAAAUGUGCUUAAAGGGAUGUAAUAUGUGUCUGCUAAUGACCUUCAGAUUUUAUUAGUCUAUAAUAAUAUCUAAGGAAUAUUUUAUUUACUUUUGCAAUUAUUUUAGUUGCUACUGCCUCUGAAUAAUUAAACACAUACAGUAAAUUAUGUGGGUCUUUGUAUGUAAUAUAAAUGUACAGACACAGUGGUAGCAAUAGCAACUUAUGCAAGUGCCAACUGUUAAAAGAUUAGCUUUGGAUGAUCCUUUAUUUGUGAAGGUCUAGUGUUUACAACACAUUGUGCAGUUCAGUUCCCCUACUUGACCCUUGUAACCGGUGAGGCAGUGACACCACCACAAUCUUCUGUAUUACAGAAAGUGGUGGAUUGUUCAUCUGGUCACUGAAGAGGUCAUUCUUGGGAAAUUUGACCCAAAGGAAAUCUAGGGGUCAGAUUAGUUCUGGUUUAAUACUUCAGAAAAUUUCUGCAGAGCCCUGUGCUGGCACCUAAAAGAAAAGAACUUCCAACAACUAACUCAGGCCAAAAGAAAAAAAUAUAUUGCCCCAGGAAAAGGUCUGCAGAUUGGCUGUUUUGAAAUUCCUAAGAAGAGAUGGAGUGAGGCAUUUCUAACCUGGGAUACUGGUGGUUUUUCAAAGCCAUCCAUAGAUUUCCCGAGGUUUCUUCAUGAGGGUGAGAUCUACCACCUUGUUGGCACUACCACUUUAAUUAGCAGCACUGACUAUGACAGAUAGGAGUGAAUGGAAGGAGGGUUUCACCAAGUCUCCCUUGAGUCUCACCUCGCAGUUAGUGAGAUGACUGCCUCCAUGAUCACUUCUGCCUUUCAACUGUUAUCUAGAGAACAGAAACAUUUUUUUCUAGAGCCAUCAGAAGUCAAAACUGUUGUACUCCAGUAGUGAAAACCUGUGGGGUUGUCAGAAGAGGUAAACUGCCUCCCCCUUCAGUCUCCUGUUUCCAUUCUUCUGAAUGGUACUCCUAUAGGAAGAGAGCCCUCCA